AUGAGAACUCAAUUCCAGUCUACGACGAGCGUUUUCGGCGUAAUAAGCUCCUUAAAUCACGAGACAGAAAUGAAUAAGAAACAGGUAUAUAUCUCAGAGUUGGCACUCCAGGCGCUGAUGCGCCUUAUAUCUUGCUGUAUACUGUGCAUCACACUGUCUGAUACUGUGCUCUACAACCAAGGGUCGGCAAUUUGUGGAUGCGUUUUGAAGCUUCACCCGAACAACACUAUCGCGACCCGUGAAACCAUUGGGAGCUGGCCCGGCCCAGCAUCACUUCCCAGCCAUGUCUGCCGCUCUCUUCAGAUCACGAGCUGCCGUCUCCGGCACCCGAAUUGGUUCCUCCGCUCGUCCUGCCAUUCCUAGGUCACAGCUCGUCCAGCGCCGCAACGCAUCAUCUUCCUCUUCGGCUGGUGACGGAGCUGCUCUCAAGCUUGCUCUCUAUGGCACUGUUGGUGCUGUUGCUCUAUACGGCUCAUACCUCUACGCUACCGAUACCCGCGCUUUCUUCCACCGUUGGGUCGUUCCUCCAUUCAUUCGCUGGGCUUUCCCCGACGCUGAGGACGCUCAUCAUGCCGGCACCACAGCGAUGAAGGUGACUUAUGAGUUUAACCUUCACCCUCGAGAGCGUGAUACGACCCUCGACUCUCCUGAACUCGCCGUCAAUGUAUUUGGAACUGAAGUGUCGAACCCAAUUGGCAUCUCUGCUGGUCUUGACAAGGAUGCUGAGAUCCCAGAUGUGCUAUUUGAGCUUGGAGCUGGUAUUGUCGAGGUUGGCGGCUGCACUCCUCUUCCUCAAGAAGGCAACCCAAAGCCUCGAGUUUUCCGUGUUCGCAGCCUUGAUGGCAUGGUGAACCGAUAUGGUCUGAACUCUCGCGGAGCCGACGACAUGGCUAUUCGACUUAGGGAUAGACUUCGACGAUUCGCCCGAUCUCUUGGUGUGACUGAGAAGGAUGUUCUCAAUGGAGAGGUCCAUGUUCCGCCUGGAAGUCUGCGCAAGGGCCGUCUUCUGGCUGUUCAGAUCGCCAAGAACAAGGAGACGGACGAGCGGGAUGAGAAGGCUAUUGCCGAUGACUAUGUAUACUGUGUGCGAAGACUAGCUCGUUACGCUGAUAUUCUGGUCGUCAAUGUCAGCAGCCCUAACACACCUGGUCUGCGUGACCUUCAGGCUACCGAGCCCCUGACCCGGCUUCUCAGCGCUGUAGUUGACGAAGCUGCCAAGACUGACCGAAAGCAAAGGCCCAAGGUCAUGGUCAAGGUGUCACCUGAUGAGGAUGAGGAUACUCAGAUGGAGGGUAUCGUUGAGGCUGUUCACCGAAGUGGUGUUGACGGAGUCAUCGUGGGCAACACAACUAAGAGACGAGAUGGUGUUGUUCCCGAGGGCAUUAAGCUCACUGCUCAGGAGCAAAAGAACCUCAUGGAGACUGGUGGCUACUCAGGACCUGCUAUGUACAGCCGAACACUCGACCUUGUUCGACGAUACCGCAAGUUGUUAGACUCGCGCUCUUUCGCGGCAACAGCUGGAUCGCCACAGAAGGUCAUCUUUGCUACAGGAGGCAUCACCAAUGGCGAGCAGGCACGCAACAUUCUCAACGCUGGCGCGAGUGUAGCCAUGAUCUACACAGCAAUGACAUAUGGUGGUGCGGGUACUGUUACCAGGAUCAAGCGGGAGUUAAAAGAUGGCGGAAAGAAUUAGACAUGCUAUAGCAACAUUUCACGUUUUAUUUGUUCGUCAUAGGUAUAAAAAUGGGACAAGUUAUGAAGUUUGAGUGGUUUUUAUCUGCUUAUCAAUUUUUUUUAUAUUUGUCUGUUUUUAAUGUCAAAACCCCCAGUAUUCAAAAGGUCCAAACUUCAGACUCCUGAAAAUACUCAGCUUCUCCAUUUUCUAGCUUUCAUUGAUUGGGUCUAGCCAUAUCAAGUGACGAAGGACUGAUCAUCCAAAUUGGAUGUCAGCACGAAAACUCCUCAACUUCAAGAAACCCAGCGCGCAAGGAGGAGUGGCUUAAAAGCCAGGCUCCUUGUCGAGCCACUGACGCAGAGCGUCGGCGUAGCCUCGAAUCUGGGCCUGAAGAGCAGCAAUGCGCUUAUCGGCGUCACUGAUCUCCUUCAUCGCCAGGUGAACAUUGUCUGGCACUGGAUGCUUGCAGGCUUGCGCAAUUGCCGCCUGUGCCUCCUUCUUGUUGAUGAUGAGGCGUAGAGCCUCCUCCAGAGACUGUAAGGUCUUCUUACAGUCGUUAACCCAUUCGCGGCACUGAUUGGCCACAUUGCCAGCAUUGGAUAUCGCCUUCUUGUUGCUGAUGCUCGCGUUGACCAGAUAGUUCUGGUCUCGGGUAGUCUCCUUGUACUCCUUAAGCAGGAUUUCAUAUUCCUGCUGGAUUUCCUCCAGACUCCAGCUCUUACACUCCCCAGAAUCCGGGAGUGUCCAAUUUUGCGUUCUCAGUCUCGCUGCCUUCUUUUCUUGGCUCUUUUCCUGUUGGCGUACUGACAAGCCCCGGAGCAUGCCGCGAAUACCGGUGGCAGGUGCACCGUGGAUGGGGUCCUCGAAAGGGUUCUGGGUUGAGGACAUGAUGUUAGAAUUUAAGUUAAUGUGAGAGCAUAGGUAGGGUUUUUAUUGAUCUCUGAGAGACAGAGAGUUGGGAAUGGAGUACUGUGGCGGUGAAAAUGCUGCGAGAGGUGUUGCGAGAGGUUGUGGAGAGCUUUGCUGUGCAAGACAGGUGUAGGAAGUAAAUGGUGUUUGGUGAUGAUUGAAUAGAUAAGGAGAUAUCGUGGCUAUUUGUACCUCAAAUUGAAAUCAUCCGCAGCUCUCUGAGCCGUCCCAGUUCGUGUGAAGACAUUGAUUGUGUAAAUUCUGUUCCAUG